GCCUGCUCCCGAUAUUCCCCAAUCCGUGGUCCAAAAGUUGGUCUUUUUCACAGCAGCCAUGAUUGUGGCCCCAAUCACCACCUUUUUUGUGGUCCAAUACAUUUCGGGCAACAAUGCCAUCAUCAGUGGAGGAAUCGCGGCUUUGGUGGCCAAUGUGGUGUUGAUCGGCUACGUUGUUGCCGCAUUCACCGAGCAAACCAGCUCCGAAGAAGUGCUCGAAGAGUCCAAGAAGGAUAGAUAGUCGUCUGCCUCAAGGCAUGCUUGCUUCCCCGGUGCCAGACGGAUGGCGUCGAAUGCCUCGUUUCCGCUAUGUAUAACUAGUUAGCGCACAGCCGUGUAUAAUAGAUAUUCUUGUGCCGAA